UUAAAACUCUACUUGACUGAACGUUCAUCAAAGAAGGAGCAAGUGGUGAUGCGACUGGUGGAUGUGCGCUGGUUCUCUGCCAACACCUAUGGUUGGAUAGUCUUCAACCUCAAGUACGCCCUCGAAUAUUGGCUCCGAAAUCCGGAUACCGAAAAUCGUGGUUUCGUUCUCAUUGCCUACCGCCCAGACGGAUCUGUCAUUCAGGGUCCGGAAGGAGUCGACAUAGCCCAGCGAGGAGUACUGCCGGAUCGCUUUCAACCCUCUCUAGUUGUCUACUACAAGAAUGCUGGGACGGAACGAGUGGGGUUGGAAACAAAAGGUUGGUGA